ACUGCUGAGGCUGGGGCCAGGCUGCUGAGAUGAAGCUGGGCAGCGCCAUCCUCUGGGCCUUGCUGCUCAGUACAGCCACACUGGUUUCAGGUGCAUGGAACAGAAGGUCUCGUUCCUGUGGCGGGGUCCUCAGAGACCCUCCUGGGAAGAUUUUCAACUCUGAUGGGCCCCAAAAGGACUGUGUCUGGACGAUCAAGGUGAAACCACACUUCCAUGUUGUUCUGGCAAUACCGCCUCUCAACCUCAGCUGCGGGAAGGAGUACGUGGAACUCCUCGAUGGACCCCCAGGAUCUGAGAUCAUUGGGAAGAUUUGCGGAGGCAUAAGUCUUGUGUUUCGAUCUUCUUCCAACAUCGCCACCAUCAAGUACCUCAGGACAUCAGGCCAGCGUGCCUCUCCCUUCCACAUAUAUUACUAUGCUGAUCCAGAAGGCCCCUUACCUUUUCCUUACUUUGAACGGCAGACAAUCAUUGCUACAGAGAAAAACAUCCCUUGAAGACUCUUCCAGAAUCAGCUGGCCACAAGGACAGACAUCCAGUCACCUGUCUGAUCACAUCCUCUCGUCCCUGUCUGUCUCCUCCAUCCUUCCCAGCUUCCCAUCUCUUCCCUGCAAAGGGCUACAUUUUACAUCUGAGCUUUAGAUCCUUGCCAAUCUUCUGGUUGGAUCAUUCUACUUAUGGCUAUAAUCAUUUUGAAUAAAGUGUCUUUUGCUGA